AUGGCAUCGAUCGAAUUUCCACCGGGAUGGGGCCUCGAGCGUCUUGAAAACACCGCCGUGGAAGAAUUUGCAGCUCUCCCACAAGAAGUCCAUCCGCCCCUCAACUCCGCCCCGCCCCGCCCUCCCACUGACCUCGAACUCAGGAACGCACGCUCCUCCGUGAGCGCGUCCUCCGCGACCCGUGGUCUGCCGCCUGCCUCGCCUAAAACGAUAACGCAGGAACUCACUCGCUACUCCGAGAGCCGAAAAGCAGACCACGCCGCUCAUGCCGCUCGUGUGCAGGCAAAAAGCGGCGGUCAAGACAACGCUCCCGAACCUGCUCCUCACUCCACAACGCUGUCCAUAGCCGCAAACAAUCCCUCGCCAUUAGUGCAAGCCGUUCAGCGUGCAGGCUUCCCAGAAUGGGGUUAUGUGAUCUUCAGAACGGACUAUUCGGACGAGGCACGGUGGGACAGGUUCCAAGAAAUAGUGUUUGACGAGAUGUGCGAUGUGCAGAUGAGUAAGGAAAGUGAGGCCGGCGUGCAGGCAGUGAAGGACAAAUUGUCCUUCAAGUCGGUGGAGGAUCCGGCGCUGGUAGGGGCAAGCGUGGCGGAUGUGAAGAGGUGCUACCAUGCAAUAAGAUCGGCAGGCCAGAUCCCGCCAGGCUUGGAUAUGAACAUGUGUAUGAUAGUCGACAGGCACGUCAUUGCAUCCGUACUUAACAAGAAGGGUGGCGAAAUACCGUACCUGAUUGGGGUGGACGUUACGAAUUCAAAGGAAGACGAGGGCUACGAGGGUCAUUUCAAGGUGGCAAUAGAUUCGUUCUUGUGCGAACUCUACCCACUCUUGAGCGCGGAGAUGCUACCUAGAGAGUUAUGA